GUUAACUUAAAAAAAAUGUCUGUUGCAAAAUAUUGCGUAAGCUGGAACUCUUAUGAAAACAAUAUUUGUAACGGCUUAUCGAAACUGCAACAAAAUGAAGAGUUUGUGGACAUGACGCUGGUUGCAGAUGGUCAUCUUGUUAAAGUUCACAAGAAUCUUCUUGCACUCGCUAGUCCAUAUUUAAAACAAAUUAUUCAGGCUACGCCAUGUCAACAUCCUGUAAUAUUUUUUAGUAAUAUAAAUCACAAAAUAUUAUGCCAUAUUUUAGAAUAUAUUUACACGGGUGAAACUCAAGUUGAAGUAGAAAGAUUACAAGGAUUUUUGGCUGCAGCUAAAGAGUUAAAAUUGCCGAAUAUUGAUAAUUUUUUGACACCAACACCUGAGGUUAGUGAAAAAAUUACCACUAAUGAAGGAGUUCCUGUUGAAACAAAUGUUAUACUGAAAGACCAAGGCGACAACAAUAAAGACAAUUGCGAUGUUGACAUGCCUGUAUCAUUUGAUAAUAUUUGUGAUGACAUUGAGGAUGUGAGUGGUGUACCUAGAAUAGAUGAUUUAGUACAAAUCAACAGUAUACCUAAACAAGUUGAAAAUUAUACUGGUGUCGAUACUGAGAUGGCAACUGAAAUAAUUAAUGACAUGGAAAAUUUUAACAAUCCUAUCGUGCUGAAAAUAGAUACAGCCGGAAUAAUUCCACAACAAUACACAGUUUCCAACAGGGGCUCGUUACAAUUAAUACUCAAUAGGUACAUAUAUUCUAGUCAUCAUCAGGCUUUACAAGGUCGUAAACGUCGAUGGCGUUGCAUAGACUACCGCUUGUUACAUUGCCAAGCAUUUAUUGAUACGUUAGAUGAAAAUAUAAUUAAAAGAAAAAAUAUUCACACUCAUCCAUAUCAUGACAGCAAAAUUAUGAAAAAAAUAAAAGCUAAUUUAAUAUUUGAAUCAAUAAGUACUGCAGUAAAUACAUCAAAACAAAUAAAUAGUUUUAAAAACACUGAAAUAACUGAAGAUAGUGAUUAAAAUCAAAAUGGAAUGUCAAAACUUAAUCUAAAAAUAAGUUCUAAUCAAGUAGAAACUAUUGAAAAUCAAGAAAGAAUAAAAGACUAUAAAAUUA